GAGGGGGGGGUGAUGCUGAUCCGGAAGAGGCAGUGGCUGCAGCCGCUCGGCCGGAGUUUCUGACCGAAGCCGGGCCCCGGAGGCUGGAUCCCCCGGCACGGCACGGCACGGCACGGCGGUACCCUAACUUGCAAGCGCGGAGUGACCCCAGGCAUCCCACUAAAAUGAGCGUGCUUAGCAGGAAGACAUGUGCUCCCUCCACUAGAAAUUACCCCGUCACGUGUAGUGGUGUCCCAGUUAAUGGAUUCUGACAUGGAUUAUGAAAGGCCAAACGUAGAGACCAUCAAGUGUGUGGUGGUGGGGGACAACGCUGUGGGCAAGACCAGGCUCAUCUGUGCUCGGGCCUGCAAUGCCACCCUCACCCAGUACCAGCUGCUUGCCACCCAUGUGCCCACGGUGUGGGCCAUUGACCAGUAUCGCGUGUGCCAGGAGGUACUGGAACGUUCCCGAGAUGUGGUAGAUGAUGUCAGCGUUUCCUUGCGCCUCUGGGACACCUUUGGGGACCACCACAAGGACCGCCGCUUUGCGUACGGGAGAUCGGAUGUGGUGGUCCUGUGCUUCUCCAUCGCUAACCCCAACUCCCUCCAUCAUGUCAAGACCAUGUGGUACCCGGAAAUCAAGCACUUCUGUCCCCGAGCUCCUGUCAUCCUGGUGGGCUGCCAGCUGGACCUGCGCUAUGCUGACCUGGAGGCUGUCAACAGGGCCAGGCGACCCUUGGCUAGGCCCAUCAAGCCCAAUGAGAUCCUUCCCCCAGAGAAGGGUCGGGAGGUGGCCAAGGAGCUGGGCAUUCCCUACUAUGAGACCAGUGUGGUGGCCCAGUUUGGCAUCAAGGACGUCUUUGACAAUGCCAUCCGGGCUGCACUCAUCUCUCGCCGCCACCUGCAGUUCUGGAAGUCUCACCUGCGCAAUGUGCAGCGGCCCCUGCUGCAAGCCCCCUUCCUGCCUCCGAAGCCGCCGCCCCCCAUCAUUGUGGUGCCCGAUCCCCCCUCCAGCAGCGAGGAGUGCCCCGCCCACCUCCUGGAGGACCCGCUCUGCGCGGACGUCAUCUUGGUGCUGCAGGAGCGGGUGCGCAUCUUUGCCCACAAAAUCUACCUCUCCACCUCCUCCUCCAAGUUCUAUGACUUGUUUCUCAUGGACCUGAGUGAGGGGGAGAUGGGGGUCCCCUCGGGGCCAGGAGGCCCCUGCCCAGAGGACCACCGGGGCCACCCUGAUCAACACCAUCCCCAUCCCCAUCACCACCACGGGCGGGACUUCCUGCUGCGGGCAGCCAGCUUUGACGUGUGCGAGAGCGUGGAGGAGGCCGGGGGCUCUGGUCCCGCUGGCCUUCGGGCCUCAACCAGCGAUGGGAUCUUACGGGGUAACGGAACGGGGUACCUGCCAGGCAGGGGUCGGGUGCUCUCUUCCUGGAGCCGAGCUUUUGUGAGCAUCCAGGAGGAGAUGGCAGAGGAUCCCCUGACCUUCAAAUCCCGGCUGAUGGUGGUGGUGAAGAUGGACAACUCCAUCCAGCCGGGGCCCUUCCGGGCUGUUCUCAAGUACCUGUACACGGGGGAGCUGGGGGAGAACGAGCGGGACCUCAUGCACAUCGCCCACAUCGCCGAGCUGCUAGAGGUCUUUGACCUGCGCAUGAUGGUGGCCAACAUCCUCAACAACGAGGGCUUCAUGAACCAGGAGAUCACCAAGGCCUUCCAUGUCCGCCGGACCAACCGGGUGAAGGAGUGCUUGGCAAAAGGCACCUUCUCAGAUGUGACCUUCAUUCUGGACGAUGGGACCAUCAGCGCCCACAAGCCCCUGUUGAUUUCCAGCUGUGACUGGAUGGCUGCCAUGUUUGGGGGGCCAUUUGUGGAGAGUUCUACUCGGGAGGUGGCGUUCCCGUACACGAGCAAGAGCUGCAUGCGGGCCGUGCUGGAGUACCUCUACACGGGCAUGUUCACCUCCAGCCCCGACCUGGACGACAUGAAGCUCAUCAUCUUGGCCAACCGCCUCUGCCUGCCGCACUUGGUCGCCCUCACAGAGCAGUACACAGUGACCGGAUUGAUGGAAGCAACUCAGAUGAUGGUGGACAUUGAUGGAGACGUGCUUGUGUUCCUGGAACUGGCCCAGUUCCACUGUGCGUACCAGCUGGCUGACUGGUGUCUCCAUCACAUCUGCACCAACUACAACAACGUGUGCCGCAAGUUCCCCCGAGACAUGAAGGCCAUGUCCCCAGAAAACCAAGAGUACUUUGAGAAGCACCGCUGGCCCCCAGUGUGGUACCUGAAGGAGGAAGACCACUACCAGCGGGCUCGGAAGGAGCGAGAGAAGGAGGACUACCUGCACCUGAGGCGGCAGCCCAAGCGCCGCUGGCUGUUCUGGAACAGCCCCUCCUCCCCCUCCUCCUCCGCGGCCAGCUCCGCAUCCCCGUCCUCCUCCUCGGCCGUGGUCUGAGAUGCCGCCACCCUCUUCUGACCCUGCUGCUGUUGUCCCCAUUCGCCCCUGUCCCUCUGCUCGUCUGCAUCACCCCCUCCACCUGACGGGGAUGAGGGGACUCACCUAUUCAGGACCCUAAGGGCAGAGCUAUUCUCACCAGCCAAAGGGGCUCAGCCCGAGGAGCCAGACCUUGUGGGUCAGCACAGGGUCCGCCUACAGUUAAAGGGCAGGAGAGACCCGCCCAAGGUGGGAAACAGGAAAGCUCAGAGCUCCGGUAGUUUUGCCUCUGGACUUGAGCACCCCAAGUACAAGGAGAAAAGCCUCCCUGCACGAGGGCUUCCCUGUGUGUUUGCUCUCCGCUCUGGCCAGAGGCAGCCCCUCCUAGCCAGCAGCCAGGGUCUUCACUCUGCUGGCCAUGGCUUUCCACCAACAGACUUGAGGGUUUUGUAGGCAUCGUGCCCUCCUGGAGAAGUCAGGGUAGAAAGGAGGUAUUUAGGGCCCAAGUCUGCGGCUUCUGUGUCUGGUGUGGCUGCUGGAAGGCACAUGAGGGCGGCUCGCCCUGCCAGCACUUUUCUAGGGCUGCAGGCAGCUCAGGCCUGGCGAUGGGUGGCAGCGUCAGUUUGGAGCUUAGGCCUGGAGGCAGUGCCCGUUGGUGCCAGGAGAAGCUUCUCCCUGAGCCUCCAGCCCUCCUCAGGUUGGAGAUGAGAAGCAGAGGAAUGGCUGGCAUAGGGAAGGAGGAAGGGUGGGGCCAGCACGCAGCAAUCCUGUGCUCCUUUGGGUCUCUCCCUGCCUUUGGGGAGCACUGCUUUUUAUGGGGUGGAGGAAAGUCAGAAAAAAAAAAAAAACCAAAACAACAACAACCAAAAAACCCAACAGAUGAAAACUAAACUCAAA